AUGGAGGACACCUUCUACCUCAGCAACGUGGCGCCCCAGGAUCCUCAUUUGAACCAAAAUGCCUGGAAUAACCUGGAAAAAUAUUGCCGGAGUUUAACCAAGUACAACAAGAAUGUGUAUGUCUGCACUGGCCCUCUCUUCCUGCCCAAGAUGGAAGCGGAUGGGAAGAUGUAUGUCAAGUACCAGGUGAUUGGAAAGAACCAUGUGGCAGUCCCUACUCACUUCUUCAAAGUGCUCAUCUUAGAGAAGCCCAGCGGGGAGAUAGAGCUGCGCUCCUAUGUGAUGCCCAACAGUCCUGUGGAUGAGAAGAUCCCACUUGAACGUUUUCUGGUUCCUGUCGAGAGCAUUGAGCGGGCAUCAGGGCUGUUGUUUGUACCAAACAUCUUGAAAAGAACAAGUACUUUAAAAACCAUUACAGCCGGAAGCAAGAGCUGAAGGCACCUGUGAAUCUGCUGUGAACCACUGUCUGCUGUUUGUCUGAGGUACUACUGGAAAGGAUUUAAUGUAACUAGCAGGUGUCUGUAUGAAUUCAAAUUUAUUCCCCCUUCCCAGGUAUUAAAAUGGUACUAGAAACUCA